AUGAGUGGGAUCCAUCGGUUUCUUACUCGUCGUGAUCGGGGUCACCGAUCGGCGCGACAGAGCAAAGAAGAGGGAUCGCAUGCGCUUUCACUGCCGCUUCUUCGAGGCUUCUUCACAUCCCAGCCUACUCAGGAAAACAGCCAGGAUCACGAAAAGAAGGUUAAGACGGUUGAGAAUCGAAUUCGAUCUCUAGGGAUCACUACAUUAGAAGUGCGACACUUUAGUUAUGCUCUUCACUCUACCAAAGAAGAUGUGGAUAAGGCGAUCAGCCUUCUGCUCCUACUUGAGGACUCCAUCGAAGGUAUCAUUCGGAGUUAUACUCCCAACACCAAAUUACUCGGUGCGGAGAAUCGCCAGGGGGUGACAUGUUAUCUUGAUGCACUACUAUUCGCCAUGUUUGCAAGACUCGACUGUUUUGAAGCGAUUUUGUACAAAUCCUUCAACGACGAGCCUCGUCGGAAGCUUGCUGUCUUACUGAGAUUCUGGGUAAAUAUGCUGCGAACAGGGAAGCUUAUUACUACCGAUGUUACAAAACACAUCCAAGAUGCGCUCGCAGAGUGUGGCUGGGAAGACGCAGCGAACUUACGACAGCAAGAUGCUUCUGAAGCCUUUACAUUCAUAACCGAGAAACUCGAAUUACCUCUCCUUACACUUAAGAUGGACAUUUAUCAUACUGGGAAGGAAGAUGCUAGUGAUGACCAUAAAUUCAUCAAUGAGCGAUUGCUCGAGGUGGCAAUCCCACCGGAACCUGCCGAUGGACAUGCCCUCACCCUUGAAGAUUGUUUGGAGGCUUAUUUCAAUAACCGCAUUGAAGUGAAGCGAUAUCUUGAACGACGGAACACCGUGGGCUCUACUCGAUCUGUGGAUUCAUUAUCUAUCUCCAAGGGGUUUAGUGCACAUGUUGAGGAAGUCGAUACGACCCCAACUUUAUCUCCAGUCCAGUCUAACUCCCCACAGGCUGACAAGUCCAAUCCCUGGCCGUCCUUUUCAGGUAUCAAUGAUGCUCUAGCUGCCCGGAAGAUUGGCCGACGAGAUAGCAUUGUUCGUGAGAGAUUCUUCCCAGAUUCGGCAGACGAGGAAGCAGGGGAGAACAACUUGUCUGCUUCCGAUCCACAAAAUCGAAAGGGUGCCUACAGAAAGGAGGUUAUGAUGCCUGCGUGGCAGUUUUUCAGUCUGAUCCCAUGGUACACAGAUAACACACCGACGAAUGAUGCCCAAGUUGCAGCGCAUUUUUCUUCGAAAAGACCUAUUCUCGGGAUGUGUCUGAAACGAUACUCAUUUCUUCCGAAUGGCAAGGCUAUUCGACUAAAUACAUAUAUUGACAUUCCAACUGAAAUUGGCCUGCCCCAUUUCAUCCAAGACGAUAACUUGGAUGCGGAUGCCCCUAUCUACGGAAAUUUCAAGUUGUCACUACAGGCAAUGGUUUGCCAUCGCGGUGACUCGGUUGAUUCAGGACACUAUAUCGCCAUUGUGCGUGGUACAAGCCCUAACCUUGUGCCUCCUGGCUCGAGUGGCAGUUCCGCUUGUAUGCCAACUGAAUCACCGAAGCAUUGGAUGCGCUUCGAUGAUCUGGCCGCUGAGCGGGUGACUCUUAUUGACAUCGAGACUGCGCUGAAGACUGAGUCUCCAUAUCUUCUCUUCUAUCAAAUCUUGCCAAUUGACCAAGAUGCAUCUAUGGCAAACCUCUGCAACAAAGCACCCUCCUCCCGCGCCUCCGAUGCUACUCUUGAUGUGGAGGACAUGACUGAUAUAUCUCGUAAACUACGAGGGUUGGUUGUUGAAGAGACCGAUAGCAGUACCACCGAGGAUGUUACUUCUGCUCGGCCAAGCUUUGAAAUUACCGGUCCUGAUAAUGAAACUCCGGUCACAAGCAGCAACGAAAAUGGCAGACGGUCUAGCAUCGCAUUUUCGGAUAAAGUGCCUGUGGGUCCUCCACGCUCUAUGCCUUCGAUGUCACCUCGACUCGCACCAACGGGAGAGGAAGGAAAUGAUAGGGAGCCGUUCCGCUUUUCUCGUCGUGGGUCCCGGGUUACUACAAGCAACUCUGGCAGCCGUGCUGCAAGCCAAUCCGGAGAAACCCGGAAAGGGACCGCCUUUGCUCGAUUUGCUGGCCGGCUCAGCAAAGAUAGAUUCACUAGUGACGGGGAGGGCGAAGGCGAUGAUUCGGCCGCUGAGGUUGAUGAAGCCGCACCGGACGAGAUGAAACUCGGUCCAUCUGCCUAUGACCUGAAGGACAGGAGAGGGAGGGGCCGCACAAAAGACCGCAGUCUCAGGGGCAAGUCCAAAGAGAAAUCCAAGGAAAAGAGCUGGAAACCGGAUCGAGAAUGUGUUAUGAUGUGA